AUGCUGGAGGGAACUGGGGGAGGCGCUGGGGGAGGCAGUGGGGGCGGCAGUGGGGGAGGCAGUGGGGGAGGGACUGGGGGAGGCACUGGGGAAGGCACUGGGGGAAGCACUGGAAGAGCUUCAAAGGAGGGCGUUGUAGGGGGAUUCGAUAUGCUGCUGGAGUGUACAGAUGACGAGGUAACAGAGGAUGAGGUAACAGAGGAGAAUGAGGGCAGCUUAGAAGGAGCCCUCGCCCGAACCAACGCCAUCGCCCACACCAUGCGAAAACUCAUAGUAUUCGCCACACUCGCCGUCCGCGGCGGCUUAGAUGCCUUGCUCAAGCUGGAGUUCUCCCAUCUUGUCGUUCUGAACCGGGGAGGGGAGUACCUUUCUCCGCAGUUUCUGGGCGAGCAUGUUGCGUUUGUGCCGCCGCCGAGCCUCGCGCCGAGCCUCGUGCACAAGCAGUUCUUCCCGAACCUGCAGAACCCGAUCCUGUGCCCGGUUCGGAUCUUGGAUGAGGAGGCUCGGAUGCGGCCCGCCGGAGCUGCGCCGAGCCUGUUUCUGUCGGCGAAAUUUUCCCGCGUGCCAUCUUUCGGGCCGCUGAACAGCUACGCCCGCCACCCCAUUGGCCGAAGCAACCUGGCUCGCUCCGCCGCCCACCUGGCAGAUGCUGCCGGGCUGACCCACGUGGGCAGGAGAUUCUUCAGGUCGCUUGGCGUUACUCUACUGUUCAUGGCUGGAUUUUCCUUGGAAGAGGUUCUAAGGGAGGCGAAUUGCUCCGUUAGUAGCCUCUACACUUUGUACUCGCCACAAGAUGAUGGGGGUGGGGGAGGGGAGAUGGGGAGGGAGAUGGGGGGAGGGGGGGAAGAAGGGGAAGAGGGGGAAGAGGGGGAUGAGGACGGGCAAGGGGAGGAGGAGGGGAGUGGUGUGAUGGGUGGUGCUAUGGGUGGGAUAAUGGGGGGUGGUUUGGGAGGGGUUAUGGGGGCACAGGGAAUGGCAGGGGUGAUGGGAGCAGGAGGAGGGGGGGGAGCGGGACGAAUGGGGGUUAUGGGGGCAGGCGGAAUGGCAGGGGCAGGAGGGGGAGUAUUGGGAGGGGGGGUGAUGGGAGGGGGGGUGAUGGGAGGGGGGGUGAUGGGAGGGGGGGUGAUGGGAGGGGGGGGGGGAUGGGAGGAGGAGUAA